AUGGACCAUCCAAAGUCAUCGAAGAAUGAGCCUGUGGUUGUUGGUAUUGAUAACGCUGAGCACACAGGCACAGAAUCAUGGCUAUUUAUACAAGAACUUCUCAUCACUCAUACAGCUUGUGUCAUCAUGACUUUCACAGAGGAGUUUGAUUUCAGUGUGCCGUUCAUCAAGAACUUCAUCAAACAACAAUACCUAUGCAUCGUUCUCGAACCGUAUAAUGAAGAGGAGCUGGGAAAUCUCAUUUGUCAAGUGCUCAAUGUGGAGGCCAUACACAAAGGUUUUCUUAGCUUUUUUAGGGAACAGAGCCAAGGAAAUGCCCUCAGAUUACAGGAAAUACUUAUGUUACCGAUUCUACAGAAGCACUUUUGCAUAGUUCCUAUUAUCAGCGUAACAAAAAGCACGCUGGAGAGUAACUUCCAGAUCGCAGAAAACGCAGAACUUGAUCCAUCAAAAGCAAAAGUUUGUGAUAUUUUAGAUACUGAAGGAUUAUGGUCAAUUAAAUUGCCUACUCAUCUUUUAGAUUUGGUGAGGGAUCAUACCACUGGUCUUAAUCCUGAAGAACAAAUGUUAAUGAGAAAAUGUGCUUUGCUUGGAGACACCUUUAGCCUUUACAUUCUUGAAGCUGUAUGUCCUGAAUAUUCAAUGCUUGAACUAAGAGCCAAAGCUGAAACUCUGCUGAAGAAGAACAUCCUCACUUUCCAGUGCAAUCACUUAGAGAUAACGGAAUCAAAAGAUAAAAGAAGCAUAACUUUGAGAGAAGUACCUUCGGAAUUCUGCAUUCAUCCUUUGAAAUUCUAUUCAGAAUUCCUUAAAAAGAGCGUAAUUAAUUCUAUGCCCGAGAGCCAGCGAGAGCGGCUGAACUUAUACCUUGCAGAUUUACUCACAGAAAUCGACAAAUGUUGCGAUUCUUGUAAAAGAGGCUCUGAAAUGCGAAGGCUUUCUCCUUACUUUAGUUUGCUGAAAAACUUCAGAAUUCCAUUAGUUGAUCUCCGAAUGUGCCAAUGUCUGAAUUUGAGAACACAUAUUCUGAUGCAGGUAGAAUACCAUUUAAACAAAGGAAACGGUGAUAUUUCUAAGCGCAUAAACAUGUUGCUAAAAGCCGCAGAAAAUGGUCUAGAAGCUGGAAACGCAGUUUUGGUCGAAAGUAUUCUGAACAAAAUUAAACGUUUGCUUAAAAAUGUCACAAAGGAAAAUGGCGACGAAACAAAACCAAAUGCAGAAGAAAUUGCCACCGAAAGACUAAAAGCGGAGGUCAAGUUAUACGUAGGGAAGAACAGCGAAGCCCUACGUAACCUUAAGCAUGCCAUGCUUCUCAUAAGCGUUAUAUUCCCAGAAGAUAUCCGAAAGAAACACUACAAGAAAAUGAGAUUCGAAGGUAAAGUUGCCAUAGAAGAGCAUAAGUGUUUAGCGGUCGGCUGUUACAUACUCCUGACACUUGGAGAUUACGAUAUAGCUUACAGAGUAGCCAAACUCCAAUUAAAAAUCCUCCUGAAAUGUGGACACACCUUCACUGAAUUGGUCAAAUCCAACACUCUACUUCUUCGUGCUGUUUCGAAAACUAAGCCAGGAAAGAAGAGAGAGACUGAAAUUAGAAAAUGGAUUAACGAAACACGUCAACUAUGCUUCAAUCGGUUGACAGAAUAUCCGCUUUUAGACAUACCUGAGCUACGAGCCAUUGCAUCAGCUUUCAAAAUUAUUGUUCGCAUAUUAUUUGAAAAUAAAGAGCUCUCAGUUGCAGAAGACCUUGGCAGGAGGAGUUUUCAGUUACUAAAGCUCGUCAAAUUUCAAGAGGAAUUGGUCAACAUCCUGAAUCUUCUUGCUCGCAUAUACUUCUACCAGAAAAAUUACGAUAAAUGCUCGGAGAUGAUUAAUCAUCUUCAAGAUGCUUACCAGCAAAGAGGAGAUAGCGUUUCCGAGGCCAUCUAUUAUAUGAUUCUUGUAAAGUUUCUUAGAAUUUCAGAUGCCCCUUCCGCGCGUACUGACAGAAUGGUGAUGUGCUGCGAAUAUGCAACUCGUUGUGCUGUCGUUUCUUCUCAUCCCAAAUAUGUUAACAAAUUAUUUUGCUUGAAUGCAGAGAUGGCGUUAUGGUCGCAGGAAAACAAUUUGCGUGAGGCAUGUGGAGUAUGGUACGAACGUGCCAAAAAUCUGCAAAAUCAAAUUCGUCUUGACAAUUAUUGGGCUUCAUCUGGUUCGCUUUGUCUGAUCAGAACGAACACCUUAAAACUCCAGGAAAAGUUUUUUGUUUAUACGGAACAAGAGGCAUCUUCCAUCAAGCACAAAAUGCAAAAGGAAUUGGAAACCAUUCAAAGUGCCAUCUACAAUUAUACUCCUGUUCUAGAUUCUGAUGUGAAAGAAACUACAAAGUUUUUCCAUAAAGUUUUAAAUGAAUGCAAAGUCUUAAAUUCAUGAAAUUCACCUAAACAAUUUUUUUAUUAAUUUGUUUGCAGGAUACUAAGAGCACUUGUUGUAAAAACUUAAGAUAAAAUCUAAUAUGUGAAACAAUUUAAAGCAAAAAAGGAAUUUGGUAGAAUUCUACUAACAUAUUUUCAUUUUCACAAAGUUGAUUUUGCAUCACUUUUAAUGUAUUUG